AUGAAUACAGAACCGGAUUUUCAUCUAGAACCGCUUCGUCGUGCUGGCCAUGCUGGCCAUGUCAAGAGAUGCCUAACCGGCCUUCCAAGCUCUCAAGUCGACCUCGAUGGUGCGAGAAUGGCGCUGGCUUUCUAUUGCAUUGGUUCCUUGGACCUUCUAGGCGUUGUUAUGGAUAAGAUAACCCAAGCCGACCGCGAUUCAUGGCGAUCAUGGAUAUGGGAGCAGCAAACUCAUGGCCAAUAUGGAACAGGAUUCCGGCCAAGUCCUUUUAUGACUUCCGGAGCCAUUCUUGACCAGACGCAAGGGUACACGGAAUACGAUACACCACAUCUUGUUACGACAUACACCGCCCUAUUGUCGCUCUCGAUCUUGAGAGACGAUUUCUCAGCCCUGGAUCGACAAGGCCUCCUACGAUUCUUGAAAGUGUGUCAAACGGAAGACGGGAGUUUCACAACCAUUCCCAACAGCGGAGAUACCGACCUGCGGACGUUGUACUGUGCCUUUGCUAUCAGUAACAUGUUGAACGACUGGUCUGGCAUUGACGUCGAAAGAGCUUUGUCGUUCAUAGCCGCGUGUAGGACAUAUGAGGGAGGGUACGGCCAGUAUCCUCACUGCGAAGCCUCUGGAGGACCCACAUACAUUGCGAUAGCGACGAUGUAUCUUGCGCCGUCCCGAUACAGGCGUUUAACGCAGGGUGAGAGGGAGAAGUCUGUCCAGUGGUUAAUCAACAACCAAGCGGAUUCCGGAGGGUUCAGAGGUAGAACCAAUAAGGAAGCUGAUGCGUGUUAUUGCUUCUGGUGCGGUGCUGCACUGAAGAUCCUCGGUGCAGGAGACCUCGUAGACUCUUCUUCACUCGCUAGAUUCAUUUCUGAAUGCCAAUUCAAAUAUGGUGGUAUAGCGAAGGCUCCCGGUGAACAUCCCGACCCUUACCACACAUACCUUUCUCUUGCCGCAUUGUCGAUGUAUCCGCCGCCCAUAGAUCAGAACUCUCCAACGAAAGCGUCAUGGGACUUUGAGCCGCUCGAUCCUUUGCUCAACGCCCGAGAAGGGACAGUCAAAUGGCUACGGGAGCACAUCCCUGACUCUCAUGGUCGGCUAAACUAG